ACACUAUUACAAUACAUUUCAAAAUUUCAGCAUUCCUCGAUUUCACACAAUUUGGCUCUACUAACCAAUAAGAGUUCUAUUAGACGACGAUGUUACGCGGCAGCUCCACCGUCCUCCCCCUGCUCCUCCUCCUCUCCGCCGUCGCUCUCGCCUUGGACAAUGAUGAUGACAUGUGCGUGUUCACGGUUUAUAUAAGAACCGGUACGGUUUGGAAAGCCGGUACUGACUCCAUCAUGAGUCUCCGUCUAUACGACAGUUACGGCCGAGACGCCGUUAUCUCCGAUUUGGUGUCAUGGGGAGGUUUAAUGGGUCCGUUUCACGAUUAUUUCGAAAGGGGUAAUCUCGACAUUUUCACCGGUUUAGGUUCUUGUCUCUCGGGUCCGGUUUGUGCGAUGAAUUUGACAUCUGACGGCUCUGGCGAUCAUCACGGUUGGUAUUGUAAUUACGUGGAAGUGACGAUGAGUGAGAAUCGUCGACGGAGAAGUUGUUCUCAGGAGAAGUUCACGGUGGAGCAAUGGUUGGCUCGUGAUGCUUCGCCGUAUGAGCUGUCGGUGAUUAGGAAUCAGUGUUCGGACUUUGUCAAGAAUCGGCGAUUCGUUCUUCCCACGAUGUGAACAUAGGAUCAAUUUAAAAAAAUAUAUAUAUUUUUGGGGUCAAUGAAACAUGAUGUGAUCAUGUUUUAGUGUGAUUGAG